AUGUCAUCUCAUUCAAAUACACAAACACCUGUUGUUAAUAUAAAACCAGUUGAUCAAAAAUUCCUCAAAUAUUCAAUUCCAUCUGAUUUACCAUAUUUUCCAUUUGGUCAAGAUAUUCAGUCAUUACCAAUUUCUGUUUUUAACUUACCUUUUAGUAAACAUUCAGAAAUACCUGAAUUUGAAUGUUAUGAAGGAAAAUAUGAUAAAUUUACUCUUGAAAAAAUAACAAAAAAAGUUCCUAUUUCUGUAUCAAAGAUUGUUAAAUAUCAAUCAUAUAAUUUUAGUGAUAUUGAUAGUAUUUGUCAUGGUCUUAUAAAAGAAAAAAAUAAUUCAUUAGAAUAUUUACAUCGAACAAAUCAAUUGGAUUCAUCUAUUAAAUUCGCUUCAAUUAAUAAAGAAUUUGUACUUCAAAUUUUACAAUUUUGUAGAAAUGAACCAGAAAUUAUUAUUACACCAUCUCUUUCUGGAGCUAUUCGUAUGUUAGCAGAAGAAAAAGGAGAUGAUUUAUAUAUAUUUUUUGAAGGACUUGAUGUAUAUAAUAUUUAUGCCAUCUUUGUUAUAUUAUGGAACCAAGAAACUUCAAAAAAGAUUACUAAACUUUGUAUAAAAAAGUCUUUUGGUACACAGAUAUUAAAUUAUUAUAAUCAAACAUCAAAUGAGAAAACUAAAUCAAUUUGUCUUCAAACCCUCCUUUUAGUAUUAUUUAGAACAAAUAAUCCGUGUGGAAUAACAAAAGACAUGGGUGUUCAAUUUAUUGCAUCAUUAAUCAGACAGACAGAAUCUUUACCAAAAACUCUUUGUGAUUUUUCUUAUUGUAUUGUUUAUUUAUUAACAUCUUUUUAUCCUGUUCUUCUUAGUAUCUUUGAAUCUACACAAUUUAAAACUAUUAUUUCUAUUGUAUCUUUUUGUCCUACUGCUUUAUGUGUUUUAAAAAAAAUAAAGAAACCUUGUUAUCACUUAUGUAAUAUUACUUCUUCAACCCCCAGUGUUAGAAUAUUAUUUGGACAUUGUUUUAAAUAUACGAACCAAUUAUAUUUAAUAGAAGAUUUAGGACUUCGAUUAGUUAAUAGCAUUUGUUUAUAUUCUCCAUUUCCAUAUGGUUAUGAAUCUGAAACAUUAUAUGGAAUGUGUUAUUUAUUAUAUGGACUGAUUAAAACACAAUGGAGUCAAGUUGAAAAUAAACAAUACAUAUUUGAGAAUAUACUUAAAUUUGUUCUUCCACAAAUUAGUAAUUCAUCUAGUUCAUCUUAUUGUGACCAAACAAAAGGAACAUUUUGUCCUAAAUCAAGAAGACUAUUAUUUAAAUGUAUUAUGAUAAUUAUUAGUCAAGCUAAAGAUUUAACAGAGUACCAAAUGGCUAAAAAAUUUUUAAAACGGCUUUUUAAUAAUGAAAAUUCGUUAGCGAUUGAAAGCAAUCAUUCACAUUUAAAUUGUCAAUAUGAAAAAGGGUAUUCUAAUGUUUAUGAAUGUUUACUUCAUUCAAAAUAUAUUCAAAAUAUUAUUUUUAAAGGAGAUAUAGAUAAAAAUAUUUUAGGAAAAUUAACUAAGUAUUUAUAUGGAUACAACACUACUGUUUUAAUUAAUGAAAUAAUGAAAUUAAACGUUAAUAAAAUUCUUGAUUCUAUAAUCCAAAACAUUGAUACGACAGAGAUUUGUUUAGUAAAUGACAACUCUUUUAAAGUCUGUACUAUACGUGAAACAACUAAACCUGUUGCAAUUUUAAGUUUAAACAUAUUUGAAGAAAAUCACAUUAAUACUACAAAUAAAGAUUUCCCUGUUAUUUUUGAAAAUAAUGAUGGAGAAGUGUAUCGUCUUGUUAGUGGAAUUUUCAUUAAAGGGUGUUAUGAGAAUAUUGAAUAUAUCCUUUUGAAAAAAAUUAAUGAAGAAGAAUUUGAACUAAAUUCAAAAUCAGUUAAAAGUGGUAAAAUAGUAAUAAGACUUAAUGAAUUGUUAAUAAUGAGUGAAGGUAAUACUAUUCUAGGAAAUGAAAGGGAAACUUUAGUUCCUGUUAUAUUGGUUUAUGAAAAAGACAAUUGGAGUCAUUGUGAGAUGCCAGGAAUUGAACAAGCAUUUACUGAAAAUAUUUAUGAGCGUGAUCUUAAAGGAUUAAAAUAUGCUACAUGGCUGAUAUCAGAUUUAAAUACAGCACUUUUUGAUGUUGAAUUCAAAAUUUGGGAACAAACAAAAUCUAUUAUGUCAUUCAAGUCUCCAUUAAAAUUAAUGAAUACACUUCUUUUAUUACCUGAAGAAUAUCAAAAAGAUGUCAUAUUUCAAAUUUUUUGUGUUGUUAGUAAUUUAAUUUAUAAAUCUUCUAAACCAAAUGUUUCGACUCAUAUCAAAAAAUUAAUUUAUUUAUUUAUCCAACUUACUGACAAUGAAAAACUUCUUAGAUUAACAUUAGAUGAGUAUAACAGAAUAAGUAAUUUCCAAGAACUUACUUAUUCUGAAGAUUCAUAUUACUUUCAAUCAUUCUUAAUUACUCUUUAUAUUAAACUGUCUUAUUAUGAAUCAAUAUACUCUAAAACUUGUUACUUCACUUUCUUAACUAUGUUGCAAACAAUUAAUGAACUUAGUAUUAAUUAUCAAUCAAUAAAAGCUUUUAAUACGAUUAUUUCUGGAUUAGUUUUAUCUAAUCCAAAACAUUAUGACUUAUUCUUGAAGACGCAUUUCAUCUCCUUUUUAUUUAAAAUUCUUCCAUUUAAAUCUACACCCACAGACGAGAAAAUUAAUAUAACUUCAAUUUUACAUUUAUGGCUCAUGGUUUCAAUCCCUAAGUUCGAUAUAACGAAAUCUUUUAAAAGUCAAAUUUGUUAUGGAAGCUAUGAUGAAGAGUUAAUUUCUUUAUUUAUUAAAAAAUAUGAAAUAUUUGUUCAAUAUUCUGUUGACCUCAAAUUGUUAAUUGCUUUGACUAUUCAUUUAUGUAAAAAUAAUCAAACAAAUACCCAGAAUGUUCUAGAUACUAUCUUGGAAAAUAUAAAUUUCAAUGAAUAUAAUUCUUGGAAUAUACUUCUUGAAGAAUUUUUAGACUAUGAUGAUGAUUUAAAAGAAUUUAAGAGAAAUGUUUUUGUGGAACAUUUUUCUCUCUUCAAGUUUAGAAUAGAUUCUACUACAAGACAACUUACAAAGAAUGAAAACUAUUCACGUGUAUUAAAUGAUAUAAAACAAACGAUAGAAGAUAAACUUAAAAGGAAUAAUGAUAUUGUUAAGUUAUUGAGUCUUUCAUUAAAAGAGUUAAUUCAAAUAAAGAACAAUAAUCAAUCAAGUCAAGUUAUUAACUCUUUAUUAUUUUCAACAUAUAUUGAUGUUCUUACUCUUAUUGAUAUCGAAAUUAAGAAUAGAAAUUGUUAUUUCAUUUUGAAAGAUUAUGGUAUGAACAAAAUUCAAUUGGUUUAUAUGAAAGCACUUAUAAAACAUUGCCAAAAGGAAUUUGACUAUAGAAAUAACAACUCUCAUAAUGAACAAACUAUGUUAGGAAUCAGACCUUUAAAUUUAGAUGUAUUAGGUUUGGAUUACAGCCCUAAGUCACCAGACUUGUCAUUAGCUUCUUCAUCAGAUUCAACACUCAAUUGA